GUCAGAUCACUGGCCUUGUUUUCAAAACGGAGUCUGUGUGUCUGGACGUCCGUCUAUCCCACCCACUUGUGUGAUUUGUGACUUCAAAGCAGAGAUGGGAGUGGCAGGCCAACCUGUGUCUUCACCUAAUCUGACGAGUCAUUCUUUUCAAAUUUCGCAAACUGAAAGCGUUCCACGUUGCCGGCGUUUGGGAAUACCAAGACUUGAGCUAUAUACAAAAAUCCUCAAACAUGCCUGUGAAGAUUCACAUCAACAGUCCCAAUGUCAAGUACACGGACACGCAUAUUGAAGCUCAAUAUUCCUACCACAGCACAUCCGUGCACAAAAGUGGCAAUACGGUUACAGUGACGCCUCGCUCCACCGAGAUGACCAUUCGCACGGAGGCUGGUGUGCCCCGCUUGGGGGUCAUGCUGGUGGGCUGGGGUGGCAACAACGGCACCACGGUCACCGCCGCCGUGCUGGCAAAUAAGAUGAAGCUCACCUGGAACACAAAGACUGGAGUCAAGAAAGCCAAUUACUUUGGAUCACUGCUGCAGGCUUCGACUGUGUGUCUCGGAUCAGGGCCCGACGGCGAGGUCAACGUGCCCUUCUGUGAUCUGCUACCCAUGGUGCACCCCAAUGACAUCGUCUUUGACGGUUGGGAUAUCUCCUCGCUGGAUCUGGGAAGCGCAAUGGAGCGUGCCCAGGUGCUGGACUGGUCGCUUCAAGAGCAGCUGCGACCAUAUAUGGUCGCCAUGAAACCCAGACCGUCCAUCUACAUCCCAGAAUUCAUCGCCGCCAACCAGGAGAGCCGGGCCGACAACGUACUGGGCGGGAGCAUGGCGGAGCAGGUGGAGCGCAUCCGGGCGGACAUCCGUGACUUCCGAGAGGUCAGCGGAGUGGACAAAGUGAUCGUGGUGUGGACCGCCACCACCGAGCGCUUCUGCGACAUCGUGCCGGGCAUAAACGACACGGCGGAAAACCUGCUGGCUGCCAUCCAGGGGGGCUUAGAGGUGUCUCCCUCCACUCUGUUUGCAGUGGCCAGCAUCCUGGAGGGGUGCGCCUACAUCAACGGCGCCCCCCAGAACACGUUUGUGCCGGGGGCCGUGGAGCUGGCCCACCAGAGGGGCGUCUUCAUCGGAGGGGACGACUUCAAGUCUGGACAGACCAAGAUCAAGUCGGUGCUGGUGGACUUCCUGGUCAGCUCGGGCAUCAAGCCCACCGCCAUCGUGAGCUACAACCACCUGGGCAACAACGAUGGCAAGAACCUAUCUGCGCCACAGCAGUUCCGCUCCAAGGAAAUCACCAAGAGCAACGUGGUGGACGACAUGGUGCGCUCCAACUCCGUGCUCUACGAACGCGGGGAGAAGCCUGACCACUGCGUGGUGAUUAAGUACAUUCCGUAUGUGGGCGACAGCAAGCGGGCCAUGGAUGAAUACACAUCUGAGAUCAUGAUGGGCGGCCUCAACACCAUUGUGUUGCACAACACCUGUGAGGACUCUCUUCUGGCCAGCCCCAUUAUUUUGGACUUGGCCAUUCUGACUGAGCUGUGCCAGCGCGUAAGCUUCCGGCCCAAUGGCGAGGACCACUUCCAGUCCUUCCACAGCGUCCUGGCGCUGCUGUCCUUCCUAAUCAAGGCCCCCCUGGUCCCGCCGGGGACCCCUGUCAUCAAUGCCUUCAACCGCCAAAGGGCCUCCAUAGAAAACGUCAUGAGGGCAUGUCUGGGCCUUCCCCCUCAGAGUCACAUGCUGCUGGAGGAAAAGCUACAGAGGAACUUCCUGACCGUACAGCACGUUAAUGGCGACGCGGCCAUCCCGAAGAAGGCGAUCCCAAACCUCAACUACACAGAGGUCACCAACGGCAUCCACGACAACGGCGAAGUGGAGCAGUCCAAGUAGACGACAAAUAUUACACAAACAUCUUUUACAAACUUGUUACUGUUGAUUCUGUGUCUGCGUCUUUAAACUGCAGACCUUUAAAUGGAGGUUCAUACAUAUUUUUUGUUUACUCACUUUGCACAUUUAAGACCGUCUAACAUGUUCACUUUAUGACAAUUAAAGCUGUUAGAGAAGCAGAAA